AUGGCUUCUCACAGUGAAGUUCAGAUCGUCCUGCUGGGAAAAACUGGUGUUGGAAAAAGUUCAGCAGGAAACACCAUCUUAGGCAUGAAGAGUUUUGCUGCAGAUUUAAGCUCCUCAUCUGUUACCAAACAAUGUCAGAAACAAAGUGUUGUGAUUUCAGGAAAGAAAUGGACAGUUGUGGACACUCCAGAUUAUUUCUACUCCACACAUGAUGAAGAUCUGAGCAGUGAGAUAGAAAGGAGUGUAGAUGUAUCUCCUCCAGGAGUUAAUGCUUUUCUGUUUGUAUUAAAACCCACCACAUUUACAGAGCAGGAGGCAGAUACAGUGUCUCAGUUUAAACUCAGUUAUGGUGAGGAAGCUUUUAGAUACACGAUGAUCAUCUUCACACAUGAAGAUCUACUUGAUGAAGACAUGGAGACAUUAAUCUCAGAAAAUGAGUCCUUACAGAGUUUAGUGAGUCGCUGUGGUGGAAAAUUCCAUGUUCUGAACAAUAAAAAUCAAUCAGACAGACAGCAGGUUUAUCAGCUACUGGAGAAAAUCAACAACAUGGUUUCUGCUAAUGGGAACAGCUGCUACACACUGGAGAUGCUGCAGGAGGCUGAGAGAAGAGCAGAAGAACAGCGCAGAAGGAUUUUGGAGGAGGAGCGGAGGGAGGAGAAAAGAGAAAGGAUGGAAUAUCAAGCAAAGACUAAUCACUGA